AUGAAUAUGAGUCGCUUCCAUAUUCGGAAUGUGGAUGAAAUUAGUAAAUGGGCAAGUUUGAAGCUGAUGAAUGGUACUAUAAGGAAGAAUUAUGGUUAUGCUUCACAUUUGAAAAACGAAUUAUCAUUGAUUGGAGAGCAUAUACAAACUAAUAGGAUUAACAUUAAACAUUUACCUACAUGGUGUUCGAAAAUUGAUCAGGAUAUAAUAUCAUUAGAAAAGAAAAUGAGGUUUAGUUUGAACAAAAAGUUAGAAAUAUUAUUAAAAGAAAAACAAAAAGCUAGCAAUAUAAACGAUGAAAUACCUUUACAACCAGUUAAUAACGUUGAUUCUCGCGUGAUUGACUUAACAUCACAACAAAAUGUUGAUAUCGAACAGAAGAAGGCACUAUAUAAAGGUUUAGGAUUCAUUCCGGUUAAUAAAAUCAAUAAAACAAAGUUUGUCUCGAGAGUGAUAGCAGGGGUAGAAUCUGGAUUAUGGAAUGUUAAAAAUAAUGUUAGCAAGGAAUCGAUUAUAUCGGAUGUUAAAAAUACCAUCGAUAGAAAUUUAGACAAAUGUUUAAGAAUCAAUAAUCGACAGUUUCAACGUCAGAAAGCUAAUUUAGAAACUAUAAACAGUAUUAAAAUUAAUCAUGAUAUUAUGGUAGUGGCAGCUGAUAAAGGUGGUAAGGUGGUUAUUUUAGAGGUGGAGAGGUAUAAAAAGUCAAUUAAAGACAAAUUAAAUACAGAUCCAUAUAUUACACUGAACGAUGAUCCCUCUACAGCUACCUAUGAUGAGUUAAAGGCUUUGAUUAAUCAUUUAGUUGAAGUAAAACAACUUGAUGAUAAGUUGGCACAAAAGUUUAUUGAAAAUGCUAACAUGCCGUAUGUCAGAGGUCAACCUAAGAUUCAUAAAUCUGGAAACCCUAUGAGAUUAAUCGUGUCAAUGAGAAACACUUUAUUUUCCACAUUAUCUAAACAUUUAACCAAAUUAUUGACAUCAAUUGGUGAUAAAGUUCGAUCUGUCACAAAUACGAAAGACUUGAUUAAACAACUAUCUAGAAUUAAAACUACAUCAAAAACAACAUUAUCGAGCCUUGAUGUAACUGAGUUGUUCACUUCGAUUGAUAGAAAAUUAGCGAUGGAAUUGUUGAAUGACGAGUUAACUAAUGAUAAUGCAUGGAAAGCGUUUACAACACUGGAAAAGGAAAACAUUUUAGAACUUGUUUCAUUCUGUAUUAAUAACGUUACGUUUCAGUUCGAUGGUUUAUGGUAUAAACAAAAAGAUGGCCUCCCCAUGGGCUUAUCUCUCUCACCAUUAUUAGCGGAUAUUGUAAUUCAAAAUUUCAUUAAUAAGAAUUGGAAUCAUAAUAAAUACCCUUACAAAUAU